AUGGCCCACGCUGGCCUCGUGCAGACCAGUCUCAUCUGGGUCGCCUACGCCGUGGCUGUCGCCCUCUGUCUCAUCGCUGCUCUCAUCACCACCUUCACGUGGCAGACUCCUCGAGAACGAUCCGCCGUCGUUAGCAUCGUCGCCAUCGUUAGCUUGACAUCUCUGCUCGCUACCGUCUUGCUCCUCCCCGUCGAUAUCGCCCUCAUCUCCGCGACUAGCUCUGCGACCCUCGGCGCCAAGAAAGACUGGGCCACCCCCGAACGCAUCGACAGCAUCCUCCUUACUCUCAAGAUCGUCUAUUACAGCCUGUACAGCUUCGAUGCUUUGCUGUGUCUGAUUGUCAUUCCCUUCGCCUAUUUCUGGCACGAAGAAUAUGAUGAGAUCGAGGUCGAGGAGGAGGGUCGCACCCUGACCAGCCGCUUUUGGGCGUCGGUCAAGUACACCCUCUUCUUCGUCGCUUUCGUCGUUGUUCUAUUCCUGCUCGGAUUCUUUGUCCCUGCUGCUGGCGAUAGCUCUCAGGACCAUUGGGAUCUCGACUACUUCAAGAAGUUGAUUGCUCAGAACCAUGGCGAGAAGGCGCUGACCUUUGCCCUGGGUCUGUUGCUUACCCUCGGCACCUUGCUCUACGUCGUAUACACUGGCGCCGGCCUUGCCUUGCUUCCGAUCUCCUUUAUCAAGGCUGCCCCUUCGAUCUCCGCACCGCAACUAUCCGAGACCACUGCCUCCCAGCUGGAGCAGAACCGCGAACGACAGCGACAGAUCGAGAUGCGCAACGCUGGCCGACAGGAGGGCAUGUCCCGAAAGGAUCGCCGAGAGCUGGAUGCCUUGGUUCGGGAGGAACAGACGCUUGUUCGACGUGAGAGACUCGCUGCCGAGGCUCAGGGAGAGGGACACAGCAGGAUAUACCAGGCCUGGCUCAAGGUCUGCGCCGUCUUCCGCCCUAUCAAGCUGAUCGGUGGGAUUUUGCUGCUUCUCCUUUCCGUCUUCAUCUGGGUAUCUAUGCUCAUCACGGGCAUCGACAAAGCAAAGAACUCGAUCUGCAAGCAAAAGUGCGGCUACAUUCUGGGUCAGAUUCAUGUCUUCCAGCCCAUCAACUUCAUCUUUGUCAAGGCUGCUAAGGCUUUUCCUGUCGACUACAUCCUCAUGGCUCUUUUGGUUCUGUUCUUCUUCAGCAGCUCCAUCUCGGGUGUUGCAAGCGUUGGCAUUCGCUUCCUCUGGGUGCGCAUUUUCCAGAUCCGCAAGGGUAGAACUGCCCCUCAGGCGCUCCUCAUUGCUACGGUUAUGCUGGCCCUCAUCAUUCUCGCUUCCAACUAUGGAAUCGCAAUGAUGGUUGCACCUCAGUAUUCCAUCUAUGGCACUCAGACGAUCUGCACCAACGAGCCCGCUUAUCCUGGAGCGCAGCCAGACUGCAGGAACCACACAGACAUGAUCCGACCAUGCUCUGAGGCUCUCAAGCUGAGGCACGCCAAGGAUGUCUGCACGCCCUCAAUCAUGUCGACGUUCUUGAAUCGCAUCACCAUCACUUGGCCCUUCUUCGGUCUUGUCGACUUCUGGGCGCAGUUUGCUUUCUUGGCUGUCUUCCUGGUUGUGUUUGUCACUGCCAUCUUCCGUACUCCUAGGGUCAAUCUCUCCCAGAUUGACGAGGAGGCUGAGGCUGAUGAGGAAGAGAGCCUGCUUGCAACGACUGGCAGACGAUUUGGUGCAACAUGGCAAGAUGUCAGAGGUAAGACUGGCAACUCAGGGAACAACUCGACAAACAGCGCUGGCAAUGGAUCAAAUUCCGCGGCAGCGUAG